UUUCUCUAUUUAUAUUGUUGGAAAACUCUUAUUAACCCUUCCCCAUUCAAGUUAUCUGCUCAUAUAUUUGCAUUGCUGAGGUAACAUAAUCUGUCCUUCUUGAUACCAUUCAAUAUUCAUAUUUUCUAGGAAAUUCGUGAGUACCAAUGCGAGUACCAGACACAUGAGUUGUUACUGAAUAAAGCAUAGAUUUCAGAACUUUUAAUAUGUCGGACAGUUGCAUUGGAUUGAUUUACAAUACAGCAAAUCUGUGAAGCACCAGGUUCCAGUACAUAUUGUUGUUGAACAAGGCAUAGAUUUCAGAAUUUCAUUUUUUUUCUCUACCAGACAGUUGCAUUGGGUUAAUUUACUAUACAGGUAUGUAUGUGCUUCUUCGAAACUCCAUUUCUUUUGAAUAUUUGUUGUUUAGGUGUUUGUCACUAUAUGUUAUUGUGUUUUGAUGUCCAUCGACGUCAACUGAAAUUGAGCUAACUCGCCCUUAUAAUCAAAUAUUUAAUUUUCUCAUCGUAAUACAAAAAGUUUGAAAUCGCGUUUGCUAUGUGGUGGUGAAAUGUAAAUUAUUUAAAAUUUGCAUACUAUAAAAUAAUAAUGAGUAAAUAAAUAUACACAUGCACUGAAACCAUCAUAUAUGACUUUACAACCUUAAAAUUCAAUUUUCUUUAACUAAAACUCAUCAUAGUAUAUUUUCUUAACAAAAACUCAAUGACUUAACAUAUAUAUUUUAUUGCUUUUCCUGCCUAUAUUGUUAGAAAGCUCUUAUUAACUCUUCCACAUUGAAGUUAUCUACUCAUAUAUUUGCAUUGAUGUGCAUAAUCUGCCCUCCUUGUGCAUGCUACCAUUCAACAUUCAAAUUUUCUAGCAAAUUCGUGAAGCACCACUACCAGUACCAGACUUAUGAUCUGUUGCUGAACAAAGGCAUAUAUUUCAUAAUUUUACUUUUACUCUGCCGCACAGUUGCAUUGCGUUGAUUUACGAUACAGAUUCCGUUUACAAGAGUUAAUACCGAAACAAACAAUUUCAGAUGCCCUCAAACAGAAGCCACUAAGCAAGUAAAGGACAACGGGGCAAAACAACCUUCCACCUGGCCUCUGUACCAGUACUGGAGUAGCUUGCUACUUUCAAUCCGAAAAGGCAUUAGAGAACUGAGCGCGAGACAUACAAAAGACACCAGCAAAGAGGAUCACUCCAGCCAUAGUCUUUGAUUUCAGAAGGAAAUGGAAAUUAUAAUUGCAAUUGCCUCAAAAAUUGGAGAAUGCUUGGUCACACCAAUAGGAACAGAGUUUGGCUAUUUGAUUCAUUACCAUUCCAACCUUGAAAGUCUUAGGGGUGAGAUAAAAAAGCUUUUUGACAACAGAGAUGGAGUGCAGCGAUUGGUAAAUGCUGCCAAAAGGAACGGUGAAAUCAUCAAACCUGAUGUUCAGAGUUGGCUAAAGAAUGUGAACGACGACCUGGUCAAAAAAGUGUUGCAGUUUGAGGAAAUUAGCAAGAAAAGGCGAUGUGUGUAUCGAUGGAGCUUGAGUCGGAGAGCCUAUAAGAUUACACAACAUGUUCUUCAGCUCCAAAACGAAGGAAGAUUUGAAAAUGUUGCCCAUCCUACACCUCCACCAGAGAUAUGGUCAACAUUCAAGAAACGUUUUCAGGAUUUUAAGUCCAGAAUGGCAAACAUGAAUGAGGUGAUAGAGGGUUUGAAGAGGGAAGAAGUACGAAUGAUCGGGAUUUGUGGAAUGGGGGGUGUGGGUAAAACCACAAUGGUGAAAAAAAUCAUCGUAAGAUUGGCAAACCUAGACUUGUUUGAUAAAAUUGUAAUGGCAACUGUGUCUCAAAGUCCAAGUAUUAGGCUGAUCCAGUCGGAAAUUGCGGACAAAAUAGGUUUGAAAUUUGAGGAGGAAUCCGAGCCCGGAAGAGCACUAAAGCUACAUGGAAGACUCAUGGAAAUAAAAACGAUCCUGAUUGUAUUAGAUGAUGUCUGGACAGAGCCUGAUUUUGAGGCUAUUGGACUCCCUUCUGCAGAUGCUCAUAAAGGGUGCAAAGUUUUGUUGACAUCACGAGAUUGGGAAGUCUGCAACAGGAUGGGAAGUCAACCAAUUAUUGCAGUCCCGACUUUAACAACAGAAGAAUCAUGGGAGCUCUUUCGAGAAAUGGUAGAUGAAUCCUUCAAUGAUCCUGAUUUACGUUCCAUUGCAAAAGAAGUCGUGAAGGAAUGUGGAGGUUUACCUAUUGCAAUUGUAACUGCUGGAAAAGCCUUAGAAAAGAAAAACAAGCGUGAAUGGGAUGAUGCCCUUAAUCAGCUGCGAAAUUCUACCCCAGUGAACAUCCCUGGAGUGAAUGACAAAGUUUAUUCUAGCAUAAAAUUGAGUUAUGAUAGAUUGGAGAGUGAUGAAGCCAGGUCAUGUCUUUUACUUUGUUGUUUAUUUCCAGAAGAUUAUGAUAUUCCAAUUGAGUAUUUGGUUCGAUAUGGGUGGGGUCGACGAUAUUUUAGCAACUGCUCUACUUUGGAAGAUGCAAGAAAUAGAGUGCAUUCUUUGGUUGACCAACUAAAAAGAAGGUUUUUGUUGCUAGAUAGUUACGUGAGCGAGGCUACGAAAAUGCAUGAUGUAGUUCGCGAUGUUGCCAUAUCAAUUGCUUCAAGGGAUUCACAUGGAUUUUUGAUAAGAAGUCAUGCUGAAAAUAAAGGGUGGUCAAAUUUAUCUACAUAUGACCAUUACACUACAAUCUCACUUGUUGGCGAAUUGGAGAUUCCAGUUGGUUUGAAAUGCCCAAAACUUGAGCUUCUACAGAUGAUGAAAGGCCGUUUUUCAGAAGGUAGCAUGGACAUCAUUUGUGAUGCGAUGAAAGAACUGAAGGUUUUAGCUUUGGUGGAAAUGGAAGUCCUAGGCUCAUCAAGAUCACUAGGACUACUGAAGAACCUGCGGACCUUGUGGCUAGAUGGGUCUCACUUUUAUGGCAUGUCUACUGAUGUUAUUGGGAGUUUGGAGAAUUUAGAAAUCCUCAGCUUUCGGGAUUGUUUUUACAUGUGUGAGUUGCCGAGGGAAAUUGGACGACUUAAACAGUUGAGGUUGUUAGAUACGACAAACUGCGGGAACCUUGAGGUGAUUCCACACGGUAUCUUCUCCAGCUUAUGUAGACUCGAAGAGUUGUAUAUGAUGGGUAGCUUUGAUAAAUGGGACCUUGGAACAGGAAGAGAAGAUAAGAGGAUGGCAAGCAUUUCUGAGGUGAUGUCUCUGUCUCAUCAUUUGAAGGUUCUAUCCAUACAGAUACCCAGUGUCAUCCACUUGUUGCCAAAAGACAUAGUCUUGAAAAGCCCAACAAUAAAAUUCCGUAUAUGCUUGGGAACUGGGGCAGAGGGAUUUUGUGAGAUGAUCGAUAGACGUGCUGAAAGUGAUGCAAGGAAGUUGAUGAUGAUGACAACUUAUGCGUUCGAAAAUUGUUUGGUGAUUGUUGAAAGUGAUGCAAGGGAGUUGAUGGAGAGUCGAGCAGUUGGACUUAUGUUGAAAAAAUCUAAAAAAUUGGCUUUGGGCAAUGUUAAGAAUUUCUCUGCCCUCGCUGAAUUAGACGAAGAGGGAUUUCAAGAUCUGAAAGUUUUGUAUCUUGAUCAUUGUCCAAAUAUCGAGUAUCUUGUAAAUGGAACAAGUGCACUCUUUCCUCGCAUACAAUCAGCUAGUCAGCUUCCAAAUAGCUUUUUGACCAACCUAAGAUUCCUUCGAUUGUCAGAUUGUGGUGUUUUAAAGUAUGCCUUUUCACUAUCAGUAGUGAGAAACUUGGUACAACUCGAGGAAUUAGAUAUUGGUGGAUGUGAUCAAAUGGAAGAAAUUGUGUCGAAGCAGGGGAGGGAACUCGAUGAGGAAGCCGAUAUGAUAUCUUUUCAUAAAUUAACCAAUUUGAAUCUCUUGGGUCUACAGAAUUUGGUUGGUUUCUUCCAAGCUAACAAGAUAUACUCCAACCAAGAGGAAACAACGCCAAGUGUUGAGCAUCAAUCUGCAGGAAUAUUUGAAAAAGCAAUAUUUCCAUCAAAGUGCAUUUCAUGGUUUCCACGUUUAGAAGAGGUAGUAUUGUUUUAUAUGAAGUUUGAAGGCGUGCUAUUUGAUCUGAAAAUCCAUAUAGUUAUGGAUGUCCAGACAGCUCCAACAUGUCCCCAGUUACGUAAGUUGAAGAUAUGCUAUUGUUCGUUUACACAAUUGUGGAAAAACAUUCCGUCUGGAUUUCAGGGCUUCCAAAAUUUGAGAUAUUUGGAAUUGAGACGUUGUUAUGGUCUAGAAUAUGUGUUCUCGCAUUUAAUUGCCCGAGAACUUUUGAAUCUUGAAAAGGUAAAGAUAUCAGAAUGUUGGGACAUGGAAACUAUAGUCAGAAUCCCAGAGGAAAAUGAAGAAGAGGCGACAAAAUACAUGAUUUUGUUUCCGAAACUGAAUAGAUUUGAACUAAAAUGCCUGCCUCGUCUCACAAGUCUUUGUCCAGAGGGAUCUACAUUUCAAUGGUCAUCCACAAAAAAUAUGCACGUGUACGGAUGUGAAAAAUUGAAGACAUUGGGUGCUGUAAUUCCACAAAGAAAGAAGUUGGAGAAUAAGUCUGAGAAGGAUUCAACAAGUCAUGAUUUCAGCACCUCCCCAACACGUUCAUCAAAUUGGUGCCCUGAUGGAUGUGGAUGCAUACCGUAUUCAAGACCAAACGCCCAACGCCCCAUUGAAAUAUUGCCACGUCCAAUUAAUCAGGAGGUUACACCAACUAAUCUGGAGGACUCAAAUGAUGAUGAUAAUCUCGAAAAUCUUUUUGUAAUUGACUGUAAUUCAAUGGAAGUGAUUUUCCAACUCAAGGGACCGGAGCAUGAAGAAAGUAGUCACUCUGUUGAAGCAUUCAAAAAAUUGAGGUACUUGGGGUUACAUACGUUGCCAAGUUUAACGUGUGUUUGGGAGACGGGUACUUCACAACCGAUGUUCACAGGAAGCAGCUUCGGAAACUUGAAAUCGCUGGAGGUCGAUUGGUGCAACCGGUUGAAAUACUUGUUUUCUUUGUCCAUAGUCAACCUUCUUGUGAGUGUAGAGGACAUAAAAGUUGGGAAGUGUGAGCAGAUGGAAGAAAUCGUUGCCGCAGAAGAAGAAACAGCUGAAAUAAUUACAUUACCUAAAUUGAAGUCCAUCAAGCUUGAAAGUCUGCCAAAACUCAAGUAUUUUUGUGGUGAAGCUUAUACUUUGAAGUUGCCGUCUUUGGAGUUAUUGGAGGUUAUUAAUGUGCAAGACUCAAGGCCAUUUGAUUCUAAGCUUGUUGACACGCAUAAUCCCCGAUUGCAAGUAAAACCCGCAUUUCGACAGGAAUGGACAAGUGAGGAUGACGAUGACGAAAUCGAAGGCAAGGAUGAAGAUGACGAAACCAACAGGAAGGACGAACACAAUUGAUUGAUCAAGCACAAAGGAAAAGAGUUUAAAGAACGUUGUGGCUACAGCAAUUCGUUUACUAUAUCAUAUGUACAAACCAAUAAAAGGACAUUUGUUGCACCAGAAUUUCAUUCCAAAAAUACUAUUUACGUUGCUUAUUUUAUGUACCAUAAAUUUCGAUUGCGAUUAUUACUGUUUGUUUCUAAAUUCGCAUCAUUUGUGUUUUGCUUAUUUGUGCUCGAGUUCUUGUAUUGCCAUUUAUAAUGAUAAUUUGGAAAUGUUGUCUCUAGCUA